UCGCACCACAACAACAACACAGUCACAGGUUGCCACGACUACGCCAAAAGCAAUGUGUGGUACCUGCAGAGCGGGGGAGACCUGCGUGAGCAAUGAUGGGGUCACUUGGCGGUGUGAGAGGCCAGAUCAGCCUGUUUUGCUGCACCCAGCGGUAGUGUGUGGGCGGAGCCUGGUACAGGUGGGUCUCAACAGGACUAACCUGGAGGCCGCUGGUCUGGAUGCCACCACCGCUAACCUGGCCGACCCCCGGUGUAACGCUCACGAAGAGCGUGGCGGCAUGGUAUGGUACCAGGUGGAGCGCACGGAGGGCACCUGCGGAAACACUUUGGAGACAAACGGAACUGACGCCAUCUUUUCCAACAGCUUAUUCAUCUACCACAUUCACAACGUGUCCUUCAGCCGACCCGUGAGCGUGCCCUUCUCCUGUGCCUACCCUCUGGAAUCAGAGACCAGCCUGGAUGUGGCCAUCAAACCCUACCUGUCGUAA